AUGUCUCUCGAAGAUUUCACAGCUGUGGCUUCCAGCAAGGUCGAAGGAACGUGGAACUUGCAUAAUACCUUGAUCAAUGCUCCGCUAGACUUCUUCAUUGCGCUAUCUUCUGUUGCGGGUAUCGUCGGUAACCGUGGACAAGCAGCUUACUCUGCGGCUAACGUGUUCCUGGACGGAUUUAUGGAGUAUCGCCAAUCCAUUGGUCUCCCUGGAACAUCAAUCGACCUUGCAGCGGUCAGCGACGUCGGCUAUCUCGCUGACAGCGACGCGCAGCGACGUCAAGAGGUGUUGAAGAAUAUUGGCAACCAGACGAUUGACGAGUCAGAAGUUUUGGCCCUCGUGGCAGCGGCUCUGACUGGUGCUCUUGACCAAUCAUGCUCGGGACAGUGCGUCACGGGAUUGGCGCUGGACUCCCUGGAGAACAAUUUCUGGAUUCAAGACGCCAAGUUCAGUGUCCUGCUUGAGUCCGCCAAGGGAAGCUUGGGAAGCAGCUCACAGCGCGAUGAUCCAUCUGUACCACUACAGGUAACCUUACAAGGUGCCGCCUCCAAGGAAGAGGCAUUGCAAUUUUGUUAUGAGGCGCUGGCCGCCAAACUAGCUCAAGUGCUUGUUAUUUCCUUGGAGGAUAUGGAUCCUUCAAUCACCGUUUCCUCGCUUGGUCUUGACUCGCUAGUGGCUAUUGAGAUACGGAACUGGAUUGCCCGUGAGGCCGAUGCCAAUGUGCAGGUUCUGGAGCUACUCUCCAGUGGGACAUUGAUGGCUCUGGCGGAGAUUAUAUUGAACAAGUCUCAGGCAUAUACCCGCGCUGAGUAG